GCAAGGUGAUUGAUAUCAGACUGGGACGAAGAGAAAUACACACGAUAAAAAGUUUGAUGAAGCAAAGUCUAAAACUAGAAUAGAAUCAUGUUUUCAUUCAACAUGUCCCUGCUGGUGUUUGUAGUUCUUCUGGGGACAGUAGUGACGGUAAACAUCGAUCAACCUGAGGUGGAGCUGCAUUCAGAGAUCGUUCAUGUUGAUGCAGACAGUGGCAUGGGCAUGAUGCUGGUGUGUAGAGCGAGAGGCUUCGUCACAUCAGACGUCAUCCUGAACAUGAAGAAGAAUGGCUUCAUUCUGACGAAAGGGGGCGGAGUGGAGACUUCAGGAGUUAAACCAGACAAAGACAAAACCUUCUGGAGAAGAGACCAUGUGAUCGUUCCUCAUUUUGAGGCGUCUCAUUACAGCUGUGAAGUUGUUCAUGCUUCAUCCGGUUUCCGUGUUGAGAAGGUUUGGGAUCCUGACUCUGAUGGAAGAGGACGGAUCAUUUCAUCUGUGUUUAUAGACACAACUAAACCUGAUGUCCAGAUGUUUACCGAGUACUGCAGUGUUGAGAAGAACGUCUUUUUGUUGUGUGAGGCCUCAGGCUUCUACCCACACAACAUCACUGUGAACAUCAAGAGGAGCAACCAGAUUAUAACCAGAGAGGACGGAGUGGACACUUCAGACCUUCGUCCAAAUGAAGACGGCACCUUCCAGAUAAGAUACCGUGUGGAGAUCGGAAAGUCAGACCCGUCUGUGUUCAGCUGUGAAUUCAUUCAUGCUGCAUCUGGUUCACGUGUUGAGAAGUUUUGGGCUCACCCUGAGGUGAAGAUGUUUACAGAGAUCGUUCAUGCUGAUGCAAACAGUGGCAUGGCCAUGAUGCUGGUGUGUAGAGCCAAAGGCUUCAUCACAUCAGACAUCAUCCUGAACAUGAAGAAGAAAGGCUUCGUUCUGAGUAAUGGGGAAGGAGUGGAGACUUCAGGAGUUAAAACACACGGAGACAUCUACUGGAGAGAAGACCAUGUGAUCAUUCCUCAUUCUGAGGUGUCUGAUUACAGCUGUGAAGUUGUUCAUGCUUCAUCCCGUUUCCGUGUUGAGAAGGUUUGGGAUCCUGACUCUCUUGGACAAGGACGGAUCAUUUCAUCUAAGUUCAUAGACACAACUCCUCCUGAUGUGAAGAUGUUUCCAGAGAACUCUGAAGAUCAGACCAACAUCAUUUUGACGUGUCUGGUCUCAGGCUUCUACCCAAACAACAUCACUCUGAAUAUGAAGAGGAACGGCCGUAUUCUAACCAGAGAGGACGGAGUGAAGAGUUCAGGAGUUUGUUCAUAUUGAGGCGACGUCUUCCAGAGAAGAGACUCAGUGGAGAUUAAAAAGUUGGACCCGUCUAAUUUCAGCUGUGAAGUCUUUCACGCUGCAUCUGGUUCACGUUUUGAGAAGUUUUGGGAUCAUAAUCUUCUUCCUCCUCCUCCUCACUCUGAUGGAGCUGGAGACGACCGAGACAAGAGAGAUGCCACCAACGCUGGACUGGUGGGAGUCCUGGCUCCAGUUCUGGUCUUCUUUCUGCUCCUGCUUCUCGCCUUUUUUCUCAGACGGCGGUUUGUAGCUGCCAACAGACGCAGAGUAUUCUUCACCCCAGGGAUGCAACUGCGGGCUAUGGCUUCUAGACCAGGAACAAAGUUGAGCGUUUACUCCGAAAAUACCUCUGAUGUUGAUUCCUGCAGACAAGGACGAUGAGGAUGAGGAUGAGACUCUCCAGGAGGAAAAUGUCUGAAGUCUCCAGAAAUCCUUCACCAGAGACACCAGAUCCAUCAGAAGCAGCAGACUGAGACUAAGAAGAGUUUAAAUGAGACUAAAACAGUUUGUAGCUUAGGAAACUGGGAUAAAAAGUAUUUUCCAUUACGAUGAGUUGGUCUGAAUCAGGAGUUUCCUCUCGUCUGGUUCGUGUUACAGUGACUGAAGCUGUUACUGAACAUGGAGCUAGAAACUCACCAUGUUCUUCAGUGACCACAUUUAUGCCUUAAUGUGAAUUAUUCUUGGUUUGGUUUGAAACUGUUUAAACUCCAGUAGCUCGUGUGUUUCAAAAAGAUUUUUGUUAUUUAAAAGAUGUAAAAUUAUUCCAAGUUAGAACCAUGAGUCCAGCUACAACCAACUCUCAGCUCUGCCAAACUUCAUGUCUUAUUUCCAUGUGUGUUUUGUUUGACUUUAACGUCAUUAGUGUUUUCAUGCAUUAGAACCUGUUGGUUCUUCUUGCUGCAGCGUCUCGUCCUCUCAGAUCCACCAGGCUUUUACAGAGUGUUUCCAGUGAGUCUGAGAGACGAGCAACAAACAAAACCAUCUCAAAGUUAAUUCAUCUUGUGUUUAAAGCCUCGUUUUCAGUGGUUCCCGGUCAGUAUUAAUGUAGUGGUUCAACAAUCACACACUGAGCUUUAUAACAAGUUUUUAUUGUAUUUUUAUUCUAUUUUCCAUUUUUCUAUUGACAUGUCACAUUUUAAGAGAAAAGAAACUAAACACUAAUGUUCCAUUUGAACAGAUCCUGCUCCACAUGUAUGAAAACGCACUAAAAGUUGUUAAUAUUUGUCACCUCAUAUGUCCAGAAAACUCUAUUUUCCUACUGUCUCUGUUUUUAUUUCUUUCAGGGGCCAUGUAGAAAAAACACAUUAAUGACAUAAUGCAAAGAGAUGUCACCUAAAGCUGAGAUUCCCCAGUGGUACUUAUAGGCACCAUAAUCGUGAAUUUGCAAUAAAAUCAUAAUUUGUGACGCAA